AUGCUUUCUCUAUUCCUUCUCGCCUCCCAACUCCUAGCUCCUGCUUACGCGGAGCUUUCUCUUCGCGGUGCUGAUGUCUCAUCACUGAUCAUCGAAAAUGACGCCGGGAUAACGUACAAGAAUUCAGCUGGCACAACUGAGGCGCUGGAAGUUAUCCUCGCCGACGCAGGUAUCAACUCAGUUCGCCAACGCAUCUGGGUAAACCCAAGCUCUGGUGACUAUGAUCUGGAUUACAAUAUCGAGCUCGCGAAAAGAAUCCAGGCACAAGGGAUGACCACCUACCUUGAUUUACAUCUAAGUGACACAUGGGCGGACCCAAGUGAUCAGACAACUCCCUCAGGAUGGUCAACUACUUCCAUCGACACCCUGGCAUGGCAACUAUACAACUAUACGUUGUUGGUCUGCAACACCUUCGCUGAAAAUGACCUCACUGUCGACAUCGUUUCAAUCGGCAAUGAAAUUACCGCUGGACUCCUCUGGCCUCUCGGCGAAACACCCAACUACGACAAUAUCGCCAGUCUUCUCCACUCCGGAGCUUGGGGUGUCAAAGAUUCAAACCUAGCAACAACACCUAAGAUCAUGAUCCACUUGGACAACGGCUGGGACUGGGCUACUCAGGAAUACUUCUACAACGAGGUUCUUGCCUCCAGCACGGAUCUCGUCUCAUCGGACUUCGACUACAUGGGAGUGUCAUAUUACCCAUUCUACAGCUCAAGUGCUACGCUCUCGGCAUUGAAGACCAGUCUGACAAACAUGUACUCGGCCUAUGGCAAGGAUCUCGUUGUUGUAGAGACUAACUGGCCUGUCUCAUGCCCUGAUCCGGCGUACACAUUCCCAUCGGAUUUAAAGAGCAUUCCGUUCUCUGUUGCUGGACAGACAGAGUUUUUGGAGCAGCUGGCUGAUGUGAUUGAAGCGGUCACUGGAGGACUGGGUAUUUAUUAUUGGGAGCCUGCUUGGAUCGAUAAUGCGGGCUUGGGAAGUAGUUGCUCGGAUAACUUGUUGGUCAACACAGCAAACGAUGAGGCUUAUGCGAGUCUUACUACACUGGGAGAGUUGUAG